AUGCCUUCCCCUUCUGCCUCCCUCCUCAUGCUCCUCUUCAUCCUUCCCUCUUCUCCCCUCUCCACCCCUCACUCUCAUUCCUCCCUCUUCGUCUCUCCUCUUCCUGUCAACCCCUCGUCCUCUCUCACGGUCCUCCUCCCUCCAGCGGUACUCCUCUCUGCCAUGGCCAUCGUCCCCACGCCGCCUGUCCCCACUGCCUGCAUCGGGCCUCCCUCGCCUCUCCUCCAUUUGUCCCCGAUGCUCCUCCUCCUCGCUGUCAGAAGCCCCGCCACGCCCUCUCUUCCCAUCGUCCACCCUCACAGAUUUGACACCUCUCCUCCCCCUCAUCAUUUCCUCAUGCUCUCUAUCCAAUUCUACGUCUCUCCUUUCCCACUUCUUCCUUCCCUCCUCAGCUUCCUUCACACUCUUCUCGUCCUCCUUCCGCUGUCUUCCCUUCUCUGCAUCCCUCUCCCUCCUCACACCCCCCCUCUCCUCUUCUGCCUCUCCACCACAGCUCGCUCCUCUCUCUCCCUCUCCUUCCGCAUCCCACCUCCUCUUCCUCUCUCUCUUUCCAUCCCUCCUCGGACUCGCACCACGUGCAGCUCCUUCCUCUCCUCCACCCCCUCGCUCCUCUCUCCCUGCAGUCACCCGAGCAGCAAUCGCCCGGGCGCGAGCAAGGGCGUCGGCAGCCAAGGUGCGAGGGACAUAGAGGAGGGUGGGAGGGACAGAGGGGAGGGUGGUACAGAGGAGGAGCAUUAG